AUUUUUUUUGCUCACUAAAUUUUAAAAAAAUAACAAAACACUUUCUUCAUAUAGGCAAGCAGAUUACUCUCUGGUGUUGUGUAGCAACCAAAGCAGAGUACUAUUGCUCUGGAUGUACACGGCUGUAACACAAUCCCAUAUAAGGAGUCGCUGAACAGAGCUAAUGGCACAGCUCUAGGAUCCAUCACAAUGCUGUCAGUACUUAAAAUUUCUAGAAUGGACAAUUCAUUUAUUGUGACUUCACUAAUAGUACUUCAAAUGAGGAGCUUUGGCGUUGGAUCAGAGGUGAAAUUCCACCCUGUCAUACAUUUUCUUUGGAAACCAACCCUCAUGAGUUGUUUGAUUCAGCUAUGGACUUUUGAAUAAGUGACAGAAUUUCAGUCUUCUGAUGAAGCUGUGUGUUCUGGGAAAGGAAUGCUACCACCUGAAUCAAAGCCUGCUGACUACAAUUCAGACUAAUUCGUGUUUGUUCUUCAUCAUCAGUCCUAAGACUCGUUUUCGAACGUUAUAAGACUGUGAGAAAUUAAGUAAUUAUUUCCUGAAACAUUCAAGAAGAAAAAUGUCAGUCACAUUGCAUACUGAUGUAGGAGAUAUUAAAAUAGAAGUCUUCUGUGAGAGGACACCCAGAACAUGUGAGAAUUUUUUGGCUCUUUGUGCCAGUAAUUACUACAAUGGCUGUAUAUUUCAUAGAAAUAUCAAGGGUUUUAUGGUUCAAACUGGAGAUCCAACAGGUACAGGAAGAGGUGGUAACAGUAUUUGGGGCAAGAAGUUUGAGGAUGAAUACAGUGAAUAUCUUAAGCACAGCGUUAGAGGCGUUGUGUCUAUGGCUAAUAAUGGCCCAAACACCAAUGGAUCUCAGUUCUUUAUCACUUAUGGCAAGCAGCCACAUUUGGACAUGAAAUACACAGUAUUUGGAAAGGUAAUAGAUGGUCUGGAGACGCUGGAUGAAUUGGAGAAGCUACCAGUAAAUGAGAAGACAUACCGACCUCUUAAUGAUGUGCACAUUAAGGACAUAACUAUUCAUGCCAACCCAUUUGCUCAGUAACUAUAAUAAACGUAAACAAAUAGUUGGCAGAGUUAUUGAGGGCCACACCUAUUGUGGUUUACCCAGUUUUGAUGAUGUCAGAUUUUAUCAUCUUGCUUGUUUACUACUAAGAUCUAUGGGUUGGUGGUACCAUGGGGAGCUAGACAUAUUUUACUCCCAUUCUUAGAGCAUAUACUUUACUACAGCUAUUAUCCAAUGUAUUUUUUAAGUUUUAAUUUAAAAAAAAAUUUGAAUAUAAACAUUCGUUUUUAAAUGCUGAGCCUCAAACCCUGGCAUUUUUGUUGUUUGUUUUAAAGAUUUAUUUAUUUAUGCAUACAAGAACUGGGGUACAGGUUAGAAGUGUGGGGGUGAGAGGAUUCAUCAGAGACAGAGUGGGGAACAGAACAGGCAGAUCGACCGAAACACACUGCUGAGGGGAGCAGUGGGCAAGUCAGGAGAGUUCUGCUGCACCACAUGGGCAGCCCCCUGGCCGGGGACCGAACUCAUGCUGCAGUGGCUGGGGCCAGCCUCACAGGUUGCGCCUCAACCCCUUGCGCCACCAGGGAGGCCCAAACCUGGGCAUUUUUGAACAUAUAUUGCUGUGUGUUGAUUACAUACUCCUAUCCACAGCCUAAAAGUAUUAUUUUCCACUAAUUAUUUACCUUGUGCAGUUAGAAAUAAAUGGUCUAGAUAGGCUAGCCAAUCCAUUUGCUGUUUUCUCUGGUCUAAGUUCUGGAGUACAGUAAACAGAAUUUCCCAACUGAUUUUCUAUGGGGAAAAAAAAAGUUUUAAGUGUACCUUUUAAAAUAUUGCUAGACAGGGGGCCUCUCCAGAGGCGCAGUGGUUGAGCGCUGGGUUGCGAAGCUGCCCACGGCCUCUGUGGCGCCGGUUCAAUCCCUGGCUGCUCCCCGGCCACCGGAGGAGGGUCCCACAUGGCGCGCGGACCUGUCCUGCCGCCCGCUGCUCCCCUCAGCAGUGUGCUUCGGUCCUUCUGCCUGCUCUGCUCCCCGCUCUGGCUCUG